AUGGAGACUUCAAGUUCUAGCGGGCAAUUAUUAUAUGGACCCGAAGACCCGUCCUUGCUAAAUAUGCAGAAACAUCACAUUUCACAUAAACUCAUGAAAGAGGGCACAACCCAAGUAUUUAAGGUCCGAAGGACAGAAAGCAAGACUUGGGACGUCGAAAUUCACGAGAAUGUUAGAUAUUGGCUUGACGUCUUUGGUUUCAAAGGCGUGAUCGAUUGUAGGAAGCCCAUGAAGGUGGACAAUGAGAUGAUCACGGCGUUGUUUGAGCGUUGGAGGCCGGAGACGCACACUUUCCAUCUACCGAUCGGUGAUGCGACGAUCACCUUGGAAGAUGUGCAAGCCAUUUGGGGCUUGAGGGCGGAGGGUCGCGUCUUCACAGGGCGUGACUAUCAUGACAACUUUCCUGAUUGGACCAACAAGUGCCGCGAUCUGUUGGGAUGGAUACAGAUACUUUCACAGAGACAAAGCAAGGCGGUUUGCUGA